UAGAGGUGGCCAGAGGCGGUCUGUGAGGGAGAGUCACGUAAUAACGCUGCGUGCACUGAGAAGGUGCUGAGGAAUUUUUUAGCUGAAGGAAUGUAAUGAUCCCUAUAUCGGAGAAUCCACAUGUGUAGUGCAGGAGCUUCUACUCCUGGCUUACCUGACAAAAUUAAUGUAAAUAAGAACGACCGCAUUCUACCUAAGCUACCUAAUGUCUAUGUGGAGCAGAAGAGCAGCAUCCUCAGUCUUCCUCAGUGAUGAGAUGGUAGGCUCAUGAUGGCAACUCUCUCCGUGUUCCUCGAUGUUCCCAAAUCUAUAAAGGAUAAAGAUAAGCAGCAAGAAGAGGCUCAUCUCAAAGACAGGGAUAGAAGAAAAACUUUCUUAGGACAAAGAGUUUUCCUAUCUGAGGAUUGUCAGCCAUGGGUUCCAUUGCCAGUAAGGAAGGCAUAUAAACAGAUAAUUGAUGACCCAACAAGGAAUUAUGAGCAUCUGCCGGUGGUCGGAGUACCAGAAUUUAUCCGAGGAGUUACAGAGUUUGCCCUUGGGAAGAACAGCAAAGCCAUCCUACAAAACAGGGCAAGUGGUGUGCAAACCCCAGGAACCACCGGGGCCUUCAGAAUAGGAGCAGAAUUCCUCCAUCGGUAUUAUAUCACUAAAAAAACUUCAGUCUGUAUUGCUCUUCUUGCUUAUGACAGGUACCACUGGAUAUUUGAAGCUGCUGGGUUAACAGAUAUCUGGACAUACAGGUUUUGGGAUGAGAGAAAUUUGGGCCUGGCAUUACCUGAAAUGCUAGAAGAUCUGGAGAAAUCUCCUGACUAUUCAAUUGUUGUUCUACCAACUUCCUGCAACCCAUUAGGAAUCCAACUCUGCAGCAGUGACUGGAAGCAGAUAGCAGAUGUCAUGAAGAGAAAGAGCAUGUUCCCAUUUUUCCACCUUAAAGAUCAGGGCCUGGCCUCUGGAGACGCUGACAUAGAUGCGUGGCCUGUGCGCUACUUUGUAGCUGAAGACUUUGAACUCUUCUGCGCCCAAUCCUUUUCUGCCAGUUUUGGAUUAUAUGGUGAGAGAGUUGGGAAUUUGUUAUUUGUUAUGAAGAGCAAUGAAGUUCUUCUCAGUGUCCGCUCCCAGCUCGAAGGUCUUGUCCUUGGAAUAUGGUCAACACCAACAUGCGUCGGUUCACGGGUUAUAGCAACAGUACUGAACAAUCCAUCAUUGUAUGCAGAAUGGCAGGAAAGCCUAAAAAUGUCAGUAAGACGUCUUAUGAUUGUCCGAGAGAAAAUCAGGGAGAAGCUAAGGCUUCUGGAGACCCUAAAAUGUUGGGACCAUCUCAAUAAGCAGGCUGGUCUGUUUGCUUAUAUGGGGUUAACAUCAAGUCAAGUGGACAUCCUGGCCAAGAAUAAGCACAUAUAUCUAUCUGAACAUGGACAGAUGAACAUCUCAGGCCUCAAUGCCAGUAAUCUGGAUUAUGUUGCGCAGUCCAUUCAUGAUGUCACUAUGAACCAGUUUUCGGCAAAAACUGCAAGGCAUUCUAGAGCAGAAAAACAAUUUUAAGACCCCUUAGGUUACCAGAGUUACCCACGACCCAGAAGUUGAUGGUCUAUCACCAUUGUAUUCAUGCCAGUGUUCAUACCCGCUUGGGUGCUAUAGAUGUAAUCGUACCAUAAAGAAAUAAAAAGACGUGUCAU